AUGUCUUCGCCAGGUGCCGAUCCCCAGAUACAAGCCGAAUCCGCUGAGAUGGCCGAGGCGGCAAUUGCAGUUCCCCAUACGGGGGACUAUGAGAAUACUGCCCCGGUCAAUACUCAAGGCCCAAUUGUUGCGGAUGAAUUCAGCGGCGAUGAUAACGAUGAGUUUGCUAGCGAGGAUUCGGAUAUGACUUCGCUUUCUUCUAGUGUGCUUGACUAUGAAUAUGAAAAUGGUCGGCGCUAUCACAGUAAUAGAACUGGACACUAUAUGUUGCCAAACGACGAAGAAGAGCAAGACCGGAUGGACUUGGCACAUCAUAUAAGCUGGCUUCUCCUAAUGAAGGGCGAGCUACACCUAGCCCCCGUCACAAAUCCCCAGAAGAUUCUAGAUCUGGGAACCGGAACUGGAAUCUGGGCUCUGGAUAUCGCCGAGAAAUUCCCCCAAGCCCAGGUCAUCGGAAACGAUAUCAGCGCCAUCCAACCGAACUGGGUCGCGCCCAACGUGGAGUUCAUCGUCGAAGACUUCGAACAAGAAUGGCUCUAUGAACCCAAUAGCUUCGAUUUCAUUCACGCAAGAUUAUUAGCCGGCUGCGUAGCCGACUGGCCAGAAAUGUACCGCAAGAUAUACACGCACAUCAAACCAGGCGGCUACUUCGAAAUCCAAGAAAGCGCCAUCUGGGCUUGGAGCGACGACGGCACGCUAAAGCCCGGCUCGCCCAUCCUAGAAUGCAUGCAAGCCCUCGACACAGCGGGCCGUAUCCUAGGCCGCGAAAUGAACAUCUAUUGCAAGCUCAAGGAUUGGAUGAUCGAGGCUGGCUUCGAGGAUGUCCAUGAGGUUACCUAUAUCCUGCCGUACUCGCCUUGGCCGCGCGAUCCACAUCUGAAGGAGGUGGGCAUGUAUCAGGCUUGUAUGAUUCAGCAGGCGGUUGAGUCUUAUUCUUUGCGCAUUUUCACGCAGGUUCUUGGGUGGGGAGAGGGGCCUGCUAGGAUUUUUCAGGCUAUGGUUAAGAAGCAGAUGAGGGAUAAGCAUUUGCAUUCUUAUGUUAAAGAGUGGGGUUGUUGUUUAUGGGAGGAAACCUUCUUGUUGAUGGACGGGGAGCUGGAGUGA